AUGAAGAUCGUAUUUAUUACAUUGCUAGUUUUGGCCUUGACCUCUGCUAGAUUGUAUCAAAAUAAGUUUGAAGAGCUCAGACAAGCUGAGUUAUUUGACAGCUUCGGGAAAGCUUAUGAGUAUACUCAGAAAUUGGACCAUUUUAACCCUCAGAACAAAGAAACAUUUGCCCAGAGAUACUUCGAUAUUGAUAAAUACUGGGAUCCAGAAACCGGACCUCUCUUCUUGUACAUCUGUGGUGAAGGAAUCUGUCAGCAACCUGCUGAUAACAGUUUUGUUGUCAAUCUUGCCAAAAAAUUCAACGGAAGAGUAGUUGCUCUUGAGCACAGAUAUUAUGGAUAUAGUCAGCCAAAGCCAGAUUGGUCUACUGAGAAUCUCCAAUUUUUAACCCCAGAUCAAGGACUUGCCGAUCUUGCCCAAUUUGCCACUGAUAAAUCAAGAGAGUUCACUGAACAACAUGGAAUUCCAUUCAGAAGAUGGAUCACUGUUGGAGGAAGUUAUCCAGGUGCUAUGUCUGCUUGGUUCAGAGCCAAAUAUCCACAUAUCGCAUUUGCUUCCCUCGCUUCUUCUGCUGUUGUUAAUGCUAUUAAGGAUUACCAUCAAUACGAUGGCCAGAUCUACAAAUCAACUCUUAAGAGUGGAGAAUGGUGCCCAAAUAAAUACAUUGAGCUUAUUAAAGCAUUCGAACAAGCCUUCGAUGAAGGAAAAGCUGAUGAAGUCUUCUCAAAGAUUGGAUUCAGACCAGGAGAUGUCACUCCAUUAGAUUUCCUUGGAUUCCUCGGAAAUUUCCCAGCUGGAGCUGUCCAAUAUGGAUCAAGAAGAGCUCUUUGUAGCCAGAUUUCCGAAGCCGGGGAUAACUUGGACGAUUAUAUUAAUUUUAUCAGGAACGCUCUGAACUCUCACAACUUAAAAAUCGAUGACUUCUUUGUCGGAGAUAGUACUAGCCAUACUCUUGAUCCAUAUGCCAACAUGAGACAAUGGACUUACCAAAUCUGUUCUAACCUUGGCUACUUCCAGACUUAUUCCAGAGAUACCCCUGCCAUGAGAAGUGAACAGAUUAACCUUGAUUUUUGGAGAGAUCAAUGUUCUAAAGAAUUUGGAGUUGAUAUUUUCCCAGAUACCGAUCAUUGGAAUGAACUCUAUGGAGGCAAAGACUUAGUCUCCUCAAGAAUUAUCUUCACUAACGGAGGUGAAGAUCCUUGGCAACAUGCAAGUGUUACCGAAACCGACAACCCAACCUAUCAUACCUUCGUGAUUGACUGUGACGACUGUGCUCACUGUGUUGAUCUUUAUGGAGACAAGCCAACCGAUGCCCCUGAGAUUACUGAGGCCAGAUCACAAAUUGCUGAUAUCCUCGAAGGUUGGAUUGCUCAUGAGUUAGAACUUUAG